CAGAGGAGGAUCGGUCGAGAAACGUUUUAUUUACAUCGUUGGGAUUUGUGUACAUCACGUUGAAUUGAAAUGGAAUAAAGAAUUUCAUUUUUGACGAUUGCCAAGACGGAAAACUUAAACUCGAGCCAGUAUGCUGUACCUCGAAGAUUUCCUCGAGGUCAUUGAACAAAUACCUCAGGAAAUACGAGACAGGACGACGGAUCUGCGUGAGUUAGACCUAGGCAUCCAGAACACCUCUGACCAGCUGGAGGAGCAGAUCAAGAUUUUCUUCGGCAAUGCCAAGAAGAUGAAACCCCAGGAACGAGAGGCGGAGUAUGAGAAGAUCCGGAAAGAAUAUUACAAAUUGUUGGAUGACGCAGAAGAAAAGGUGCAGGUUGCAACCAACAUGCACGAUCUCUUAGAACGCUACAUGAGGAAGCUUGACCAAGAAUUGGAGAAAUUUAAGUGUGAACUUGAAGCUGACAGUCCUGGUAUCACUGAGGUGUUAGAGAAGCGGUCUCUUGAGUUAGAUGAGCCUAUCAGAGACAACCAGAAGGAAAACCGAAAUGUCACGCACAGUUAUCGUAAUUCUGAGCGUCGGCAGUCCUCAUCUUCCACAGUAAUCAUCAAGAAAGAAGAAAGAAUAGAACCCAGCUUACCGACAGGCUUAUCCACAUCCCCUCCAUCUUCAUCAACUAUUGCCUACACGCUGGGCCACAUGGGUGCUGGCAGUAAUGCUAUUGCAGCAGCAGCAUCUCAAGCAAUAGCAGCUACACAACAGAUGCAACAGGGUCGUCGUACAGCAAGCCUCAAGGCAUCAUAUGAUGCAGUCACCUCAGGUGUUCAUCCAACAGAAUUCUCCAUUGGAAGCGAGCUAGCAAAUGCUGCCCAAACUGCUCUUGCAGCGUCAUCACUUCCCCAGGAGACAGCUACAACAACGAGUAGCAGUAGCACAAGCACUGGAUCCAGCAACAAGAAGCAGAAAAAGAAGCACGGGGGGUCGACCAGUAGCCUAACAGCUCCUGCUGUUAUGGAAGCUUCGCCUGCACCCUCAGAAGACUUACUUCAAGAUGCACUUAUUGAUCCCAAUUCAGAAAAUCCAGAUUGGACGUAUGAUCCCAAUGAACCAAGAUAUUGCGUCUGUAAUCAAGUAUCUUACGGUGACAUGGUUGCUUGUGAUAACCCAAAGUGUCCAGUGGAAUGGUUCCAUUACCCAUGUGUUGGUAUUACGGCUCCACCAAAAGGAAAAUGGUAUUGUCCACAGUGUUCGGCCACCAUGAACAGGAGAGCAAGAAAGUAAUUGUUAUGCCAAGCAGGUAGAGAAAAUAGUGUGCAUAUUGAAUUAUAGCUGUUAUUUUUUAUUUAUUUUUUAUGAAGUAAAAGAAGAUAUUUAUUGGUGAACUUUGAAUAAUGGUAUUUAUUUGUAAUUUAGAUAAUUAUUGCUUUUUCUAAAUAUGCACACACAGGCAAAGUCAGUCAGUCUCUCUCUCUCUCUCUCUCUC